AUGUCUUUCGACUCCAUCUCAAUGGAGACUUGUGUGACACAAAACUUGAGCACCCCCAGAGAAUUCUGGACCUGGGCACAGGAACAGGAAUCUGGGCCAUUGAAAGUGGUGCCUCCUAAUCUACGCUUUAUCAUUGACGACGUGAAUCAGGAUUGGAGCUUUCCCCCAGAAUCAUUUGAUUUCAUUCAUGCUCGCUGUCUAGGAGGCGGUAUUGACGAUUGGUCUGUCUUUAUGCGUCGAUGCUUUGACCUCCUCAAACCUGGUGGCCGCAUUGAGAUAACGGAAUGCCGCCCGAAAGGGAGAAGUGAUGAUGGUUCAUAUCCAGAAGAUAGCUAUUUACGCAAAUGGGAGAAGAAUGAGUUCGCCCGCACGACCCAGAUUCAGGGACGAGUUUGGGAUAUUGCUCCAGAGCUACCCGGCCUUUUGGAGGGAGCGGCUUUUAAAGAUAUCAAUGUUGCUGAAUACCCGUGUCCAAUUGGAACAUGGCCAAAGGAUCCCAAGUUGAAAGAGAUCGGUCGAUAUUUCCGCGCGCAGAUGGUUCAAAGUGCGGUAGAAGGCUACUCCCUCGCCUUAUUUACACGAUUUGGUGGGUGGAAACCCAUUGAAGUCCAGGUUUUAUUGGCCCAUCUCCGAGGAGAACUCAAGACAAACAAGAUGCACGUCUAUACAAAAGCGUGA